AAGGGAGGGUGGGGAAUGUGGGUAGUUGGGAAAGUGUCGGCUUAUCUGCGCGCUUGUGGGCUUGGCGCCUGGCUUGUCGGGGCUGGUGGGUCGCGGUUGGGAAAUCCUCGCAGACCUCGCUGACCCGGCGCACGUCGUCUCGCGGCGGCCCGAAACCUCGCCGGAGGGUGUGGUGCCCGGGCGCCGGGCUCAGGUCCUUGGGACACCGCCUUCCCCCACCCCGAGCGCCGCGAGUCUGUCGUCCGCUUCCCCCGCCGGGUGCAGGGAGGCCCGGCCCCGCAUCUCCUUGUCGCUCCGGACCCGCCGCCAUGGGCAACACGAGCAGCGAGCGCGCCGCGCUGGAGCGGCAGGGCGGACACAAGACACCCCGGAGGGACAGCUCGGGGGGCGCCAAGGACGGGGAGCGCCCCAAAAUCCUGAUGGACAGCCCCGAGGACGCCGACCUCUUCCACUCCGAGGAAAUCAAGGCUCCAGAUAAGGAGGAAUUCCUGGCCUGGCAGCAUGAUCUGGAAGUGAACGAUAAGGCUCCUGCCCAGGCUCGACCAACUGUGUUUCGAUGGACAGGAGGUGGAAAGGAAGUUUACUUAUCUGGGUCCUUCAACAACUGGAGUAAACUUCCCCUCACAAGAAGCCACAACAAUUUUGUAGCCAUCCUGGACCUACCAGAAGGGGAGCAUCAGUACAAGUUCUUUGUGGACGGCCAGUGGACACACGACCCUUCUGAGCCGAUAGUAACCAGCCAGCUUGGCACAGUUAACAACAUCAUUCAAGUGAAGAAAACUGACUUUGAAGUAUUUGAUGCUUUAAUGGUGGACUCCCAAAAGUGCUCCGAUGUGUCUGAGCUGUCCAGCUCCCCGCCGGGUCCCUACCACCAGGAGCCCUACAUCUCCAAACCAGAAGAACGGUUUAAAGCACCGCCCAUUCUCCCCCCACACCUGCUCCAGGUCAUCCUGAACAAGGACACGGGGAUCUCGUGUGAUCCAGCUCUGCUCCCUGAGCCCAACCACGUCAUGCUGAACCACCUGUACGCACUCUCUAUCAAGGAUGGAGUGAUGGUGCUGAGCGCCACCCACCGGUAUAAGAAAAAGUACGUCACCACCUUGCUGUACAAGCCCAUAUGAAAUGCCCAGAGCAGACGGUGGGCCCAAGAGUGGUCUCCAGCCAGCUCAGUGUGUGCAUGCUUUCACUCAAGGGAACAGACUGUAAAUUUCUCGUUUCACACCUGUAAGACAUUUCAUUCCUGCCCUAGCCCUACUUGAAGUUUUGUUCCGGACACAGCAGCUCCCGAAGCACCUCACUCAUCCUCUUGACAGCCAGUGGCCGCAAGCCCAGGGCUUUUUCAGGGCCACGGCCCACAGGUGCACAGCCCCACCCCAAGGUGCAGGAGGAUGGUGCCCUGCUAGACACACAGCCUCUGAACUGGGUGUGGAGAGCUUCCAAGCCAAAAAAGGAAUGCUCGCUGAUUUGCUAGUCAAAAUCUGGCAGACAGAAAGUAAAUGCCACUCAAACUUUUUGUCGUAUGUAUGUUGUCAAGGCUGUCAGCGAGUUCCCACCGUAGCCCGGCCAGGGAGCCAACAGCAAGUGCAGUGCCGGCCUUGCCUGUCCUUGGAAAUCAAAGCAAUAGAUUCUCCCGUUCUCUGCUCCAGGGAGGUGUCAUUUCUAUAGAAAUUAGAACCUGUCUGGCUUCCAGAUGAAGUUUUACAGUUGUUUCUUACAUUUUCUGCACUUAGGAUUUUCUUUUCUAACCAGAGGUGGCUGACUAUACAGCCGUAAGGCAGUUUUUUUAAAUCACACAAACUAGAAUAUAGAUCAUGUGAACUGCUCAGCAAUAACAUUCUCAGAACAGACUCUGAAACCCACCAGUCUUCUCCGGUGAGCUGGAAGGCCCUGAAGCCCGACUACAUUCACUGGAAGGUUGUCUGGCUUUUUAAUCCAAUCAUAAUGAGGUGGCAAGGUUGCUAUGGAAACUUUGGGAAGUACCCCACCCCACUUGGAAUUACAGCCUGUGUCACCUUGCUUGAGGCCACUGUCCCUACCUGGCAGAGAGGGUUCCAAGCAGCUACUCUGGCUGACGCUGAAGUUCCGAACCUGUGCUGGGAAGACACCCUUUGGACCAAAGCAAACCCCUCUACACUCUAGAGUUUGCAGGGAGACGCUGCAGCUGUGCCUGUUUGCACAGGUUGUCCCCCAGUCUCGGGCUGUCAUCACGCCCUGUGUUCUUGCUGGGGAUGGAGUUCCCCGGCUUCCAGUAUUUAUUUGGUAAACCUGAGUCUGGGGUACCCGUUUUUGUUACUAUUUUCAAAACACCAAAUGGCUUGUCACUUUGAUGUACAGGUUUCAAUAAAGCUUUGUAAUGAU